GCCGGGGUCCGGAGUUACUGUGACAGCGGGUCUUCAGAAGCUCGUUGCUUAGAGAGGAGAGGCUGACGAGAGGCGCCGUCCGCACCGCGUCCCGGGCUGACUCUCGGCGUUGUAACCCGGCCCGUUUGGCGGAGCGCCGUCCUAGUGACCUCCCCGGCUGCGGCCAUGGAGCGCGCCGCCGCGAUGACGGACAUGUACGACCAGGCGUUGCUGGGCAUCUUGCAGCAUGUGGGCAACGUCCAGGAGUUCCUGAACAUCCUCUUCGGCUUCCUCUACCGCAAGACAGACUUCUAUCGCCUCCUGCUCCAGCCAGGGGAUCGGCUGGGGUUUCCUCCGGGCGUAGCGAAGAGUAUGGCUGUCAGGGCGUUCAAAAAUUUUGAAGAUUUGGCCCAUCAGGAUGAUGAGAGGAGACAGCGUGAACUUGAGGAAAAGCUGAAGAAAAGAGAGGAGGAAGCUGCAGCUGCAGCUGCGGCAGAGAGGAUGAAGGUGCCUGUUGCAGCUGAGGAGGUUGAGAUCAGCUCAGGGGCGGAGCAGAACACUGCAUCAGGUGAUGGAAAGGCUGCUGAAGCACCAGAUUCCGUGACAGUACAGGACAAGGUAGAAGCAGAAGCUGCCAGCGCAGCAGCACCUCCUGCGGGAGCAGCUUGCCCUGUAGAAUCUCAACCAACACAACCACCAAAAAUACAGGAGCACUUCCAGGGGAAUCCUGACAGUUACAACGGAGCUGUGCGAGAGAAUUACACCUGGUCCCAAGACUACAGCGACCUGGAGAUCAAAGUCCCAGUGCCAAAGCAUAUCCUGAAAGGCCGACAGGUUUCUGUGGAUAUGGGCAGUAGCUCCCUUCGUGUCGCUGUGAUGGAGGGAAGUGGGCAUCGUGUGCUCAUGGAAGGCGCCCUCACCCAUAAGAUCAACACAGAGAAUUCGGUCUGGAGUUUGGAACCAGGGAAGUGUGUUCUUAUUAAUCUGAGUAAAGUAGGCGAAUACUGGUGGAGUGCCAUCUUGGAAGGGGAAGAGCAGAUUGAUAUUGAUAAAAUCAACAAGGAGCGUUCAAUGGCUACUGUGGAUGAAGAGGAACAUGCUGUGUUGGACAGACUGAAUUUUGACUACCACCAGAAGCUGCAGGGCAAGCCCCAAAGCCAUGAGCUGAAAGUCCAUGAGAUGCUGAAGAAGGGCUGGGAUGCUGAAGGUUCCCCUUUCCGUGGCCAGAAGUUUGAUCCUUCUAUGUUCAACAUCUCUCCCGGGGCUGUGCAGUUUUGAUGACGGGCAGAUCGCCAACAUGCCAGAGAUAGCAGGGACGAAGCAGAUGCUACUGCCACACUCCUCCUGCUUGCCGGUGACAUCAAGCAGCCGGGUUUUUUUUGUCCCUGCCGUUGUCAUCUGGGCUUGUUUGCAAAAUGACAGACUUAAAACAACAGACGUGUGUGUGUGUGUGUGUGUGUGGUUUUGGGGAGGGGGCAAAGAGGGAUCUGAAAUGUGAGUGUGGGUGAGUCCUUCCCUCUGGCACCAGGUUGGCAUAUUUGAUAUGCGUGUGGGGGAAGCCUAGCAAAACCAGCAUUAGAUACUGCGUUGCCACGGCAACCAGCGGUUGCUGGUAGCGUCUCCUCUUCUCUUUGCUUGUUAAUGGAUUCAUUUGCUACUUGGGGGGGGCAGUGGCAUGGUAGAGGAGUCGGUAAACCCCCCCCCAUCUGUUUUCAGGAACAGAUGCAGUUUUAGUGAAAUGGCAGCAUCUCUUGUUUAUUUGAAACUGUGUUCUGUCCCUGGUUCCAGCAGUUAAGAAAUCUGAUCUCCUUAAAGCACUGGGCAUACAGCCAUCUUUAAAACACAGGCAAUCUGCAGUGAGUGUCAAUCAACAGUUUCUGAAAUGUUAAGUUCUGAAAUGUUAAGUUUGGACCUAACAGUAGGAGUCUCCCAUGAAUAUCAGAAAAGGAGUCAGAGACACUCAAUGAUUGUGUCUUAUCAGUGGUUGUCGAUAAAUCACAGGCAUGGGGCAAAAAAAGGGGGGGGGGCAAAAAAAGUGGGAGAGCCAGUUAUUUUGGCAGCCAGAAAGCAGCAUUGUUAGUGAACAAACACGUUUAGAAUAAAGUGUACCUUUUCUCUUCUUCAGUUGCCUUUUAAAUGCAUGCACUUCAGUGUGGACCCUGGCAACAGCUACUGUUGAAACAGAGGCGGGCUUCAUGCGGUAGUUUUUCACCAUGAUGACCGUGUGUCGGAGCCCUCUAAAGCAUCACAGGCAAGUGACAAGGUUGCCACACAAUACCACCUGGUUGGAUUUCAUACAUUCUGCCACAGGGGGAGGAAGUUUUGAUUUCGUCACUUGUUGGAUCCAUCAGAAGACGUGUUGCAGUGCCAGAUGUCACCAGCAAUGGCUUCUGUGCCUUAACUGGCCGUAUGACUGCCUGAAAUGUAUCAGCUAUUCACAGUUAAAGAUGAUGGUCUUUCUCCAGUGUUCUUCAGUAGGGAAGGGUGCAAAAGAGCGCCACUUGUCUGAGGUGGUCCGCAUAUUGUUUACUCUCAUGUCAGCGGGCCAUUGGAUGUUGAAGUAGGGACAAAAUGCCUGUUGGGAAUUGAAUGCCUGUUGCCUCUGUGAGGGUCCCAUUCCCUUGUUUGUUGAGGUGGGCUGAAUCCCAUGGAGGGAAUGCAUGCUUAAGCCCUGCUGUUCUGACCGUUCCAGAGCAUUUUUGACAGGUGAAUCAGAAGCAAAAGUCAUGUCUGGUGCAAAACACCCCGCUUCAAAUGUGUUGGUUCUUAGAGCUGCCGCAUGAACUACAGCUGGACCUGAAAACUUCUUUGCAUUGUCCUUUACUGAGGAAGGGAACUGACAAGUUAUUAUAUGUAGUACAAGCAAAGUGCUGUACAAGAUCUCAAGAUAACCUGAUAAACAAUGUGUACAACUGAAGGGACAAUAAGAGCCCCCAGAGAAAAAGGGGACUUAUUUUCAUGAAUGAGUGAACUGUACAGUAUGCAUUCUGCACUGACAACUGCCCUCGCUAGAGAGCUUCUGUGCAACUGUUAGAGGCCAAAAAUGGGAGGAAGGAAUAAUUGACCAAUACCUGGUCAUACUUGCGUCUUCAAGCAAGUUAAAAGCAACCUGCAGAAAGCAGACAAAUUGUUCAGCAUCUUGCUUAUAGACCUUUAAAAAGAAGUUAAUUACAAUUAAGUAAGACACGCCAAAUUAUAGUUAUAAUUGGGGAGGUGUCUGCCUUUAAAAUUCAGCAGAGUGGAGAACAAUUGGGUGCUCUGCCCCCCCCCCCCCAUGGUACAACUCACACAGUAGCUUCUUCGCCGAAGGAAGAAAAUAGAUCUGCUUGAGAUGAAAAUCAGAGUGCACUGCUUGGAACAGCAGUUGUGCCCAAGAUCCACAGGAUCCAGUACUGUUUCUUUAUUUGUCCAUGUUAAAAAGGCAGCAAAUUUUCAGGCUGAACAUAAUUAAUUCUUUGUAACUCCAAAGUUUAUUGGCACAGUUGGACUCCCAAGAUACUGCUGUAGGUUGUAGCCUUUUAGUUCAUAUUUGGGUAGCAUUUGGGUCAGCCAGUAACUGCAAUGGAAAAAGCAUUAUGGAUCUGGUUUAGUAUUCUGUAUUUUUAGCUCUGAUCAGUCUCAUAGGGGAGAAGUCUUUCAUCCUCUCUGCACCUGCUUGUCUUCCUUUGAGAAAUGUGUUUAGUUUCUUUCCUCUUCUCUUGCUUGAGUGCUAAAAUAAUCCCACACUGCUGUCGGCUGUGCUUCGCUCAGUGUUGGCAGUGGAGAGGAAGCUACUGUGGCCACAGCACAAGGCAAAGUUUUCUUUUGUCAUUGCAAGAGUUCAACAGUCUACUUCUGAACAGUAGUUCAGAAGAUGAGUACUGUGGGGUGCGAGUAGAUGGCCUAUGAUCCUGGUAACCCUGGCAAGGAAUGGCCAUUCUGUUAUGUGAUUAAUAACACAUUCCAUGCCAUUGGGCAGCAGCUGCAUCGCCACAAAAGCAUCUCCACUGAAACAGGCACAUUUUCAGCUGCGGUGUGAGGGGUGGAGCAGGCAUUCCUCUCCCACAGAAGGAGUGUGCUGGGCUCCCAUUUUAUGAGAGACCUGAACUGCCUUUUGGAGUCAGCCGUAUCAGCUUCUGCAUUUGGCAUAACUGUAGCUGUUCUUGGAUGAUUUGAUCCUAAGGAUGGACAAGGAGCUUACUGUAGAAAAUAAGCUGAGGUGAAUGUCCCCAUCUGAGCACUUAAGUGGUGUUCAUCCUGUUUUGGUUUCCUCCUCCUCUCAUUCCCUUUUAAUCGCAGUAGUAUUAUUUGUUGGUCUAAAGCAUCUGAAAUCAACUAGGCACGGAACCAUAGAGAGCUGCCUAAAGAUCUCUGGGAGGUAUCUGAACAGCCGACUCACUGUGAACAACUUUGUGAGACUUGGCAAGAUCGGACCAUCCUUCAGCCAAAACCCUAACCCUGAAGCCUUAGGACAAUCCAUUCGCUAGCAGAGCAUUUGUCCUUGCUUUUUGUAAAACCAGCCCAUGGCUUCGAGCACCAAGCUUUGUUUUAUAUCGUCAUUUCCUUCAGAAGCUGCAGCUUUGCCAUUAAGCAAGGUAAGAGUCCAUCUAGGGCAGGUCUGCACUGGUUGUGACCCCGACCACAGCUUUCUCCAGUAGCACAUCAAAGACUUGAUAAACUCCUUGCGUUGCUGCAUGUUUAGGAGUGCAAAAACAAGAAGGGGGUUGCCGAGCGCCUAGCAGACCCACAGUACGCUGCCUCCUAGGCUGUGUUUUGACUUGGUAGGCUGCAAGGGGCAUAAGCAGUGUUUUCCUGUUGCUUCUCCGUUGCUUCUCCGUUGCUUCUUCCCUUCCUCAGCAUUGUGUAUUCUCUCAAGAUGUUGCUGUGAGGACCCUCUUCUGCUUUAUGUUAGUGAUGUGGGUCUAGCAGCUACAAUUAGUUUAUGAGGCAAAGUUUGUGCUGAGGUUGUCCGGCCUGAACAAAAAUAUAGUUCCAUGUUCCUGGCAUCAGCUCUGUCUAUAGCAGCUUCUGUACAUGCUUACAACAACAACAACAACAGCAACAACAAUAAAAACUUUAUUUAAGCAA